AAGUUCAUUGGCAACACAUAACUUCACAUUCUCAACUACAUAAGAUCCUUACCUUUGCUUUCCAAGUUCAGUUAGAUCUUCCUCUUCUUCCCUUUUAGAAGUGUACAUCUAUAAAAAAAACAUGGCUAUCCGCCUACCACGUGUUGUCAACUCUAAGAAAGUUCCCAAGGGCUACUUUGCAGUUUAUAUUGGAGAAAACCAGAAGAGGUUUGUGAUUCCAGUGUCCUUCUUGAACCAGCCGUUGUUUCAAGAUUUGCUAGGCAUGUCUGAAGAUGAGUUCGGAUAUACUCAUCCUACUGGCGGUCUCAGAAUUCCCUGCAACGAAGACAUCUUUGUUGAUGUUACCUCUCUCUUGAAUUGAUUGUGAGAGAAUUAGCACAAAUCAACCAAUUCAAUUUUGUAAAGCAAACAUCUAAUGCUAUGUAUACACUUUUUUUCCAUCUUUUUUCCUUUGGGGAGCAGAUACAAGUCCGUCUAAGUGGAAAAUUAGAGAUGGUGGAUAUUGUAACUUCAAUUAACCAGCGUGGAAAAUGACUGUGAAUACAUCAUUUAAUUGGAAUUUAUUCCUAUACAUAAUUUCUAAUGGUUCCA